GUUGGCAGAAAAUGAAAUGAUUUUAAAAAAUUGUCAUAAAAGUGUUAAUAGUAAAUAGUGAAUUUGUACGUCGUUUAAUAUUUAAAAGAUGUCAUCGUGGCUCAACUUCAAUGACAGUUUUAAUAACAUCAAAGGAAAGAUUACAGAUAUCGCAACGAAUGUUUUGGCACCCGACGAAGAUGAACUUAAUGAAAAUAGUUACGAGGAUUUAAAAAAUAUUUGUCGGCAACAGGAAAAUAAAAUUCAAGAGUUACUGUCAGUACUUGAGGCAAAUAAUAUUAAAAAUGAUAAUGUUCAUGACAGCAAUCAAUCCAAUUUUACCGGCAACGAUGACGGUACUAAAACGUCGUCAUGGGACUGGCAGGAGGACGACAGAACAAUCCAACCACCAUCGAGCCAAGAUUCACUCGUUUCCGACUUGAGGAAACAAAUAAAGGAGCUAGAAAAUGAAAAGGUGGACUUGAUUGGGCAACUAGAGCAACUGGAUACAGACAACCAAAGGAAUGUGGAAGAAAUAAUGUCCAUCAAGGACAAAUUGCUUGAGGAAAACAACGAACUCAAAGAUAAAUACGAACAGCUUCAGCAAAUCAACAAGAAACACGUGCAGAAGGAGGCACAGCUGAAGAAGUCUUUGGAAGACUUAAAGACGCACACAGAACCCACCAACAACCAAACAAUCAUUGAAGAAAAUCGGAAACUAAAGGAAGAACAAGAAGAAAACAAGAAGGAGAUGUUAGUUUUGAAGAGCUCCAAUGCCACGCUCCAGAAGGUCAUAGAAGACUUCAAAAAAUCGGAAAACAGCAGCGAAGACAUUGUCAGGCAACUCCAGGCGGAAAAUAAAAUAAUUUACUCAGAACUACAAAGCGCCAAAGUUUUAAUAUCAGACUUUGAGAAGAAGAGCAUAGAAGACGCUGAAAAUUGCUCCAAACUGGCCGCCAUAUUGGAAAGUUACGAAAAGCAAGUAAGCUCCCUAAAAGAAGAGCUCAAAACCAAAGAGGACCCUUCAGUUAGUCAAGAAAGCAUCAAAGCUAAUUACUCAAAGCAACUAAGUGAAGUAACAAAGCACAACGAAGCACUUACGUCAGAAAUAGAAGCCCUAAAAACUGAUUGCGAGAAGAAACAAGCCACCCUAGACGACCUACUGGAUAAAAAGGAAGAAAUACAUAAAAAAUAUGUAAAUAUCGUCACGGAAAGUGUGAAGCGAUACACCAAUGGUGACAUAAAAUCCGAGAGGGAACAAUCAAGUCUUGAAGAAGACCUGCACAUAGCCGAGUUCAGCAAGCAAAUCGAAAACAUCAUGGAGAUCCUUUCGGACUUCAAGACCAAGAGUGAAGACUGCGAGAAGAAGAUGUUCGAGCUCACCCAAGAGAAAAACAACCUGAUAACCGAGAAGAACCACGAAAUUGAAAAACUGAUUCAAAAUUCGGACGUUUUGACUCAAGAAAUAAUCAACAAGUCGCAAGUUAUUAAAGAAUAUGAAAACGAGUGUAACGAGUUGGAGAAAAAUAACGAGCUACUUUUGAAGGAGCUGGAGACGUACAAGAACAACUCUGGGCUCCAGACCAUUACGGAGACCAACGAAGAGAAUGUUGUGAUGCUGGAGGCACAACUGGAGGCUUCGCAAAAGAGAAUCAGUUAUUUAGAAGGUGUUAUUGAAGACUACAAGAAAACCACGCAAGAAAAUGACUCUUCUGCUUCAGCUCAAGCACAACUAACAGUUUCGGACAAAAGGAUUCAAGAACUGGAAAAAAUGGUGCAAGACCUGGAAACGGCAAAGGAAGGCGCCAUGAAAAAACUAUCAGUUGUCAACACUGAACUGGAAAACAAAAGUAAGGAAUACCAGGAACUUAUCAACAAGUAUGAUAAUAUAAUGAUAGAAAAUGAUCGUCUAAGAGAGGAUGUAUCCAUUCUGGAGGAUGACUUGGAGACUCUCCGACAAACUAACGAUGAUCUCACCAUCAAUCUGGAGAAAAUUAAGUCAGACUUUGAAAACUCCGAUUAUCAACUGUCUGAGCAGAACAUAAACAUGGAUGGUUUAAAAGAAGAACUAGAAAGGUGCAAAAAGGAAAUCAGCCGACUUUGUAAAGAGAAGGAGUCCAUAGAGCAAACCCAGAAGGAGGUCGAAAAUAAUAACGAAAAUCUUAGGACUGAAUUGAACUUUACAAGAGAACAGUUACUGAUGGAGGAGGACCUGAGGAAGCAAGAUGAUCAGCAGGUGCAGACUUUGACGGAAAAACUACAAAGUUCGAAGAUGAUUGAAACAACUUUAAAGCUUCAAUGUGAUACGCUGAAUAAGGAAAUUGCUAAUUUGGGUGAAGCUAAACGAAACUUGGAGGAUCAGUUGGCUAAAAGUGGUGAAUAUCUGCAGCAAUAUGAAACGAAUUAUCUGCAACUGGAACAAGAAACUAACUUGUUGAAAGAAAAAAUUAAAACUUUGGAAGAAUUAAAGGCAGCUAAGGAAGAGGUGGAAGAAAAAGGUACCCAAAGUGAAGCCACAGUUGUGGAGGAACAAGAGUUAGUAAAAUCUGUGGUGCCCAAAAAUGAAGCCACAGCAGAUGACUGUAAACUUAAAGAAGAGUUAGAUAAAACCAUCACUGAGAAAACUGACCUUGCAGCGAAGAUAAUUGUUUUACAGGCCACAAUUCAGGAACAUUUAAAAGACAAUAACCAACUAAAACUAGACAUAACAACAUUACAAAAAGAAUUAGAAGUCCUAAACACUUCGAGAAACGAACUGAUUAACUUGGUGAAAACAAAGGAUCAAGAAAGCUUCACCUACUACAAUGAAAUACAGAGACUAACACAAAUUCUAAGAACGGAAUCAGAAAAAAGCAUCACCUUGGAGGCCCAAUUAAACGAAGCCAAACAACAUGGUACUAGUAAAGAAGAAGUUGAAGCACUGAAGACAGAUAAUGAGAAGCUAACGGACCAGAACAACUUCCUGAGGCAAAAGUGCGAAGUUCUAGCAGAAAAUCUACUUCAAGAGCAGUCCAAGGUGCAGGCAAUUUUGUCUGAAAAGUCCACCACUUCAGACCGGGAAGUAGCACUGUCCAAAGAACUUGACAGAUUGAAGUCGCAUCUGAUAGAAGUUGAGGAGACACUAACGCAAGAACUGGUGGAAGCUGAGCAGAAGAACGCCGACCUCCUGAACAAGUUCAAGGAUAUACAGGAAAGGGAGAAGAACUCGAGCACCAUGUACACGUCGAUUAGCAUUAGGGCGAAUCAGCAGGUGGAGGUUUUGCAGAAGCAAGUCCAGUCGUUGACCAGCCAAAGGGAGGAGCUGAGGAAGAAGGUUUCGGAUUGUGAGGACGAAAACAACAAGAAGGCUGCCGCCUUGGCUAACCUCCAGUUUGUCCUGGAACAGUUCCAAAAAGACAAAGCUAAGGACGUCCAAAAGGAGACUGAAAGAAUUCGUCGACAAAUCAACGCCGAAAAGCAGGUCCAGGAGGAGUUGAAAAAGGAAAUACAGGUUUUGAAACAACAGUUGGAGGAGAGCAAACAAGGCUUACAAGCUGCAUCACGACUAUCAGGGCAACUGGAAGCCUCCAAAAAACUUUCAAAUUCACUAAAGGAAGAAGUGAAUCAACUGCAGAGUAAACUAGAGAAGCACGAAGAGAAAAUUAAACAGUUAUCAAAUCAAACUGAUGGAAAAGUGGAAAAGUCACUGAUCAAAAACCUAAUCAUUGGCUAUGUGUCCUCAAACCCCUCAAUAAACAAAGACCAGUCCCAAAUACUGAAGAUAAUCGCCACAGUACUCGACUUCAACCAGCAGGACCAUGAUAAAGUCAAGACCAGCAAAUCGCAAGGAUCUUGGUUGGGGUCCCUUCUGUCACCUCAGACCGGUCAAAACAUGACACAGGAGUCUCUGUCCCAGGCGUUUGUUAAGUUUUUAGAAAACGAAUCGAAACCGAUUGUGGUGCCCAGUCUCCUGUCGGAGACCCCGAAGAGCGAGACACCCAGCACGUCUAGUAAUUCAAAAGGGACGUCGUCGAGACAAUCUCCGAUAGUGUUGAGUGAAAUUGUACUGCCCACUUUUGCAGAUUUUGCUCAAAAUAGGAAUUCCAGUUCCAUUUUGAAGGACGUACUGAAAGACAACACCAACAGCAGUUAGUUGGGCCGAUAUAUUAUAUAAAGUAUUAUUUAUGCAUUGUAUAGCUUAUUUCGAAAAUUAUUUUAUAAUAAUUAUAAUAUGUAUAUUUCAUGUAUAUAAUAUCUUUUUAUGUAAAUAAAGCUUUUAAUUUUA